AGUAAAAGUACUGAAUAAAUAAACAUUACAUUAUUAUUAUUGUAACAUCAACAUAUAAUUGUAUUGAUUAUUGUUUCCAGAGUAUUUCAUGUUCUUCUUUUAUAAAGAUGAAUUCGUCCACGGGGUUUUAUUCUGAAGGUUCCGACAGGAAGUCCUCUGCAGUGGGUGAAAGAUCAAACCGCAGCGGUAGUUUCAGGUGAAACACGCCGAGGCAGGACCGGCAGGACCGGACCGAGCCGGUCGGACCGGUGCGGCCCGGCCGGUAUAAGAGGCGGCUGCCCGGCUCCCCGGAGGCCCCACACCGCUCAGACAUGGUCCCCCUGCUGCUGCUGGCCGCGCUGCUGCUGGGAGGCUACGUGUUCCUCACGCGCACGCUCUUCAGGAGAGCCACCUGCAGAGGCACCGCGGCCAUGGCCGGCAAGACCGUCAUCAUCACAGGAGGGAACACUGGCAUCGGUAAAGCCACCGCUCUGCACCUCGCCAGGAAGGGAGCCAAAGUGGUCCUGGCCUGCAGGAACCGGGUCAAGGCCGAGGCCGCCAUCGCAGAUAUCCAACAGGAAACAGGAAGUACUGACGUUCUCUUCAUGCACUUGGAUCUGGCCAGUCUGAAGUCGGUCCGCUGCUUCACCGAACGCUUCCUGGAAACAGAGUCCAGGUUGGAUCUGCUCAUCAACAACGCUGGUCUGGUGGCUGACGGACGGACAGAAGACGGUUUCGGCAUCGAGUUCGGGGUGAACCACCUGGGUCACUUCCUGUUGACGUACCUGCUGCUGGAGCUCCUGAAGGAGGCGGGGGGGGGGCGCGUGGUCACCGUGUCCUCCAUGGCGUACCGCUGGGGGAGCAUCGACCUGGAGGCUCUGGCGGUGCACAGACACCUGGGCACCGGCCGCUACAGCUGGCAGUUCUUCCAGGCGUACUGCAACAGCAAACUGUGCAACAUGCUGUUCACCCACGAGCUCGCCAAGAGGCUGAAGGGGUCCUCGGUCAGCUGCUACAGCGUCCACCCAGGUGUGGUCCGGACCGAGCUGUCCCGUAACGUCAGCCUGUGGCAGAAGGUCUUCAUCGAGCCCGUGGCCCGGCUGCUGUUCCUGGACCCGGAGGCCGGAGCCCAGACCACGCUGCACUGCUCCCUGCAGGAGGGAAUCGAACCCCUGAGCGGACGCUACUUCUCCUGCUGCGCCGUGGAGGACGUGAACCCGCGGGGCCGAGACGACGCCGUGGCCCGGAGGCUGUGGGACGUCAGCGAGCGCCUCUGUGGACUCUCUUAAGGUGGACUGACCACGAAGGACUUCCCCCUCCACCUUAAACUGGAGCGAUGUUAAAACCCUGGUGUUAAAGUGGGAGGAGUCUCCUCCGUGUCUGUAACAACGUCCUCUGUAAUAAAGCGUUGCCGUGGCAGUGGGCUCCAUGACUGUGUGCUGCUGCCCCCUAGUGGCUGACAUGUGACAAACAACCUCCCCCCUCACGGACCCCCGUUGACUCCAGGGGGGUCAAAGGUCUAGGAGGGUUUGAGUCCUUUAUGAACCUUUUCCAUAAGUCUGCAUUAAAUGCAGACUUUAACCGAGGGAAUUACCCACAAUUCAUUGCAAUGUGACAUGGAGACAUAAAAAAGAUUAUAUAUGUAUGUAUGUAUGUAUAUA